AAGGUGGACAGAUUAUAGCGUCGACGGGAAGAAGCGGAAUGGUGCUUAACGCGAACGAAGGUACUUACGCCCAGGGUAUCAAACUCGGAAGUCACGCUCGCGUGCCAUUGCAAUGAUUGCAUAUGCAUUUUCCUUUGAAGAUCAUCGAUGUCAUGGAUGGGCGGCGUCCGGACCGCGUACCAGUCGUACCUGGGACGAUGGAGAGUAUAAAAGCUCUCAAGAGCGGUCUUCAGAAGCAGAAGUACCUGUCUGACUGAACCCCAGAUGUCGUCCCCCAUCUUCACCCUCAACAACGGCGUCAAGAUUCCGGCCAUUGGACUUGGUACCUGGCAGUCGAAGCCAGAGGAAGUGACGGCAGCUGUCGAGUAUGCCAUCAAAGAUGCAGGAUAUAGACACAUCGACUGCGCUUGGGCUUAUGGAAACGAACAAGCCGUCGGUGAGGGUAUUCGUCGCUCCGGCGUGCCUCGAGAGGAGAUCUUCGUAACUAGCAAGCUUUGGGGUACCUACCACAGCAAGGUUGAGCAAGCUCUUGACGAAUCACUCUCCAGGCUUGGUCUCGAUUAUCUCGAUCUGUACCUUAUCCAUUGGCCGAUCCACCUGAACCCCAACGGUAACGACCCCGUCUUCCCCAAGCGCCCCGAUGGGACGCGUGAUAUUCUUGUUGAUUGGCCUUUGAGCAAGACUUGGGAACAAAUGGAGGCCGUACUUGCGAAAGGGAAAGUCAAAGCCAUCGGCGUCUCGAACUUCUCGCAGAAGAAGCUUGAGGAGAUUCUUCCUACAGCAAAGGUUGUUCCAGCCGUCGAUCAACUGGAACUCCACCUGUACAACCCUCAACACGAACUUGUGUCGUACCUCAAAUCGAAGGAUAUCGUCCCUCAGGCGUACUCUCCACUCGGAUCCACUGGGUCUCCUCUGUUGAGUGACGAGACGGCUUCCGCAUUAGCGCAGAAGUACGAGCUCAACACUGCAGACGUUCUCUUAGGAUAUCUCGUGGCCAAGGGUAUCGUUGCACUCCCUAAAUCCGUUACUACGGCACGCAUCAUGGCGAACUACAAAGGUGCCAUUGCGGCCGCCCAGAAACUCACCGAGGAAGACAUCAAGGUCCUCGAUGGCGUCGCGCCCGGCGGUAAGCAGAAGAGGUUCAUCAUGCCUCCUUGGGGUGUUGACCUUGGGUUCGAUAACUGGGCGUAAAUCUCAAGGGCGACAAGGCCGUAAUUGUACGAUCACUGAUGUAUGGAUAGAAGGCAGAUCUGGCCAAUGUACUGACUGUUUCUGUGGACUCGACGGGUUUUGUAAUCGUUCGAAAGCUGAAGAUCCUCCAAUAGCACAUUACCGUUGAAACUAGCGAAGUAUUCUGCGGCUGAAGAUAUCCAUUGUGGAAAUAGCCAUCCAGCUACCUCCUUGCUACUUUGAUUUUCCUCUGAAUUUAU